GUUAAAAAUUACGGAUUUUGUUUUUUGUCAAAGAACAUUUCGUUUUAAAACUCCAAAGGCACAUUUGUAAGACGUAAAGUGGACGUGCCAUUAAACUCACACAAAGUGGACAGCCAGCGGUCUUCGUUUGUUGUGCUGAAUAUUAUAACAAUAGUCUCCAAAAUUAGCAUUUGUGAACCAAACCACAGAUUCCACUCGGACACAUUAAAAUGGUACGCCUGGACGCUGUUGCCAUGCCAAUUUAAACGGUUAGAACAAACUUUUUGUGAGCAACGACAUCGAUAUUUCUGUCACUGAAGCUUCACAACAAGACGCUUCUGAUUUCUAGUGUAUAUUUCUUCAUUAUUUUAACAGAGAACACACAAUGAUUACAUCGGGCGAGUCUCUCGUGAAAUACGACAAUCCAGUUUGGAUCAAAAACACGGACAGAAAAUCACCAAAGGGACGGCCUUUGAGAGUGAGCCCUCAGCAGCCUGCCAUCUCUAAUCCUGUUCCACCCCCUCCUAAGCCAAAAUCAGCAAGUGCUGAUGCCGCCAAGCAGGAAAAUGAGGAGAUCUUGAACAGCAUUCUUCCACCCAGGGAAUGGGUGGAGGGAAACCAGCUGUGGAUGCAGCACGUGUCUAGUGCACCUUGUACCAGAACAGACGUUAUUCGCCUGGAGGAACAGAUGGACAUAAAGCUGCAGCAAUGGCUGGCCAGAGAAACAGGAAUCUGUCCUGUCCGCAGGAAGCUUUACUCCCAGUGCUUUGAUGAGCUGAUCAGACAGGUGACCAUCAACUGCGCUGAGAGGGGUCUGUUGCUUCUGAGGGUCAGAGAUGAGAUUCAGAUGACUAUAGUUGCCUACCAGACACUGUACGAGAGCAGCGUGGCUUUUGGAAUAAGGAAAGCACUGCAGGCUGAGCAGGGCAAGGCUGACAUGGAGAAAACUAUUUGUGAUCUGGAGGAGGAGAAAGCAGACCUCAAGAAGCAACUGAACGAACAGAGAGCCAUCUCUGAAACUAUUAAAAAGAGAGAAAACGAAAAGCGACAGUUGGAGGAAAAGAAGCUCAGUGAAGAGAUCGAGUUCCUGAAGAGAACCAACCAGCAGCUCAAGAACCAACUGGAAAAGAUCCUUACACCAAAGAAUUAACUUCGCCAAACCAGAACCGGGUCUUCAUUUCCCAGUACAGAAUGUGACAUUUGUUCUUUGUCUCGUUUCUAAAUGAAUUCAUAUAAACUUAACCGAUUGUAAUUAAAGAGUAUUUUAUUACAGCAUGGCAAGUACAGUUCACAAUAACUGUACCUUUCUCUUGAACAUCAAGAGAGCAUUACACCUGUAAAUGAUGAAUUAAAUGUCAUUCAAAAACAGUCCUGGAGACUGGAACAGAGAGACGGUCAUGGUAAUGAUAAGGCAUCAAGUGGCCACUUGAUAAAGACCAUUUAACAAUUAGUCAGCAUUCCACCUUCUGUCAACUCUACACUAUCAAUAAAAGCAUGUUCUUUUGGGCUAGUUUAAAUAAAGAUUUAUUACAAACGUUGA